CGUCUGACGGGGUUUAAAGCGGCGACGCUCUAGGCCUCAGCAUUUCCAUAGCGGAAGCUCCUCUCUUUUUCUGCCUUGGGGACCGGAUACCGCCGCGGACGGGUACAUCCGUCUCUGUCUUGGCUCGUCUUUUCGCUUCUCUCCUGAGGAGCUGUUUUACCCCUGUGAUCGCCUUUGUUGCUUCUUCGCCGGGCUGGGCCCCCGAGAAACGCAGCCUGCAUGGCCGCCUCUGUGUUACAGGUAUUGAAGAGGCUUCACCUAUAACUUGGCUUCAAAUCCUGGCUCAGCUCUGAGUCUGUUGGAUGAUUUUAGGCCUGUUGCCUGUUCUCUUUCUCACCUUCAUCUACAAUGCAGGCCUGUUAUGAGAAUAUAAUGGGGAAAGACGAAGAAACAUGUAUCUGGUCCUAGGACUUCAAAACCUAUGUGGAUCAAGCUUGUAGAGCUGCUGAAGAAUUUGCAAACAUUUAUUAUGAAACCAUGGAUAAAAGAAGGCGGGUGUUGACCAAACUCUACCUGGACAAAGCGACCCUAGUUUGGAAUGGGAAUGCAGUAUCUGGGCAAGACGCACUUGCUGAAUUCUUUGAAAUGUUGCCUUCUAGUGAGUUUCAAGUUACCACAUUUGAUUGCCAGCCCGUUCAUGAGCAAGCCACUCAAAAUCAUACCACCAUCCUUGUUGUGACAUGUGGGUCUGUCAAAUUUGAUGGGAGCAAGCAACAGUACUUCAACCAGAACUUCUUGCUAACGGCACAAACCACAAACAACAACACUGUGUGGAAGAUAGCCAGCGACUGCUUCCGCUUCCAGGAUUGGCCUAGUUAGAGGGUAGCAAGGGAUGGACAUAAUUCCCUUUGGACAAGGUGUCUGGCGUUUAGGAUGGUUGUACUCCAGAUGUGGGAAAGACCCUUCUCUUUGGAGGAACUGCAUCUUGCCAGGGACUACCAACUUCAUGACAAAAAUAAAUAAAACCUGUUUAAAAUGGAAGAACUUCUGUGCCUUCAAGAUUUUAAGUUGCAUCAGAAGGAAAAGCCUGUUGUGGUUUUAUUUGACUCUUUUUUAGAUGACAUUGGAAUCAUUCCUGUAAAUGUCUUUAUGUGCUGCAGGAUACUUUUUUCCUCUCAUAAACAUUUUGUACAAGCGCUAUCGGUCACAAGUUGUAUUUGCUUUGGUGAGAAAUUAAAAUGGUUGUAAUGAUAA